AUGGCGACCUCUCCGCUCUCCUCCCCCGGCUCUCUCAGUCCCACCUCCAACCCACCUUCCGAACCCUCGCAAGUAACGCCCAAACGCAGCGUCACUUUCUCCGACUCACGGGCGCAGAUGUCGCAUAGCCCGCGCACACGCUCAACGGCGGGGGCAGAGGAGGCAGAGAGCAGCAGCGAGCCCGACGAGCGGACCGCGAUCGUGGGACGGGAAAGGGGCGGGGGAAAGAGCUACAGGAGCGUCGGUGACAACGGGACUGGAAAGAGCGCAGUACCCGCGGGCGGAGACGCGCACGAGGGCGCCGACCUCUCGAGCAGCAUCAGCAGCAUCAAGCGGCGCAGGAGUUCUCUCACCCAGCGCGGCAGCAGCAGCGGACCAGGGCAAACCGACGGCGCGGCCGACUCCUCCGACGAUGAACGGCAGGAAAGAGGCUGGUGGGCGACCCUCGUAGAAAACUACGGCGCCAUCGAGCUCGAGAACAAAGGCAGCGUCGCGCGCGACCACUUGGCCUUGGAACGAACCUUCCUAGCCUGGCUGCGGACCUCGCUCUCCUUCGCCUCGAUCGGCAUAGCAGUGACCCAGCUCUUCAGGCUCAACACCACCAUCUCUGCGUCCCCCGGCCCUUCUGACCCCUCUACCCCCUUCUCUACGUCUGCGUCACCCCAGGCGCAUCUGAGACACGUGGGCAAGCCGCUGGGAGCGACUUUUAUAGGGAUUAGCAUCGUCGUGCUGUUUAUUGGCUUCCAUCGGUAUUUUGAGAGCCAGCAUUAUAUUAUUCGGGGGAAGUUUCCGGCGAGUAGGGGGAGUGUGACGCUGGUCGCGGGCGUGACGGCUGCGUUGAUCGUGGCGAGUUUGGCGGUUGUUUUGGCGGUUGCGCCGAAGGCUUUUGAAAAGCGGUGA